ACAUCUCAUUUUAAAAUUAAAGCCGAGUCACUUUGACUCUGCCUGACUAGGCAACUAGUUAUUAAAUACUUGUUCAGUCGGAACAAACCAGAGUGUAAACCUCGAUGUCUACCCAACACCUUUGGCUUCGUUGCGAAAAGAAGGAGUUUGAGCGUCGCUCAGCCCUCACGCCUACCACGGCGAAGAAGCUGAUCGAUGCUGGCUUCCAAAUCAGUGUCGAACGUGAUGAACAACGGAUUUUCGAUGACGCCGAGUUCGAAGCUGUUGGUUGCACGUUGAUGGACAAUAGCUCAUGGCCCACGGCCCCUACAGAUGCCCUUAUUAUCGGGUUGAAGGAGCUCCCAGCAUCUCAAGAGCCCCUGCCCCACACACACAUUCAGUUUGCCCACUGCUACAAGCGUCAAGCAGGAUGGUCAUCUGUGCUUGCUCGCUUCUAUAAGGGAGGAGGUACACUCUAUGAUCUGGAGUUCCUCACCGAUGCUACUGGUCGGCGUGUUGCUGCUUUCGGAUAUCACGCUGGCUUUGCUGGUGCUGCCGCUGGUGCACUCGCUUUGGCUGCACAACGAUCAGGAGUAAAGUUGGGUCUUUUGGAACCUUACGAGAACGAGACUGCCAUGAUCGAAGGUGUCAAGAACACACUCGGUGGCAGCGCCAAAGGCGUCAAAGCUCUCGUGAUCGGUGCCCUCGGAAGAUGCGGACGCGGAGCUGUGGAUUUGUUCCGCAAGAUCGGUUUGGCUGAGGACGAUAUAUUACAGUGGGAUAUGGCUGAGACUGCCAAAGGUGGCCCAUUCCAGGAAAUCCUUGACGUGGAUAUCUUUGUCAAUUGCAUCUAUCUGUCAUCUUCGAUCCCGCCUUUCUUGAGCCAUGACCAAAUUAUCGCUGCCGGCCAAGCUAGACGGCUGUCGGUAGUUGUGGAUGUCAGUUGCGACACGACGAACCCAUUCAAUCCCAUCCCAAUUUACAGUAUAAACACAACCUUUUCCGAACCAACUGUUCCUGUUGAUCUCAGACAAAAUUCACCGUUGUUGUCGGUGAUCUCAAUCGAUCACCUACCAACGCUGUUGCCCCGCGAGGCUUCUGAACAGUUCAGCAACGAUCUGUUACCAUCACUCUUGGAACUUCCCCGACGAAGGACUGCAAAGGUCUGGACUGACGCAGAGAAGUUGUUCCACGAGAAGCAAAAAGAGGCAGUUGUGGCGGAAGGCCUGUGAUUCUGUUACGCUAAAAAUUGAGAUUCAGGCUGGUGAAACAUAUGCAUAACGUCGUCCUUGUUAUCGUUGCAGUAGCUUGGCGUUGGGAAGUACUAGCUGGCAUGAAAAAGCGGUGCUAUUAUAAUUCCGAGUCGUUUUGUUGUCUUUCCAUGGAACCAAGUGAAAUCUGGAUGAUAAGAUAAACCAGAAGUGAGUACUUCAGUGCGGCCGGGUACAACUUUAUGUACUAACAUCACUGCGACUCGCGAGCGUGG